AUGGCUGAAUAUAAUGGUGCAGAGCUAAUCCCUGCCGACGGACACGACACUUACCCCGCCGUGGACCCUAAGCACGCAGAUCUGGGCGGCAAAGUUGUUCUCGUCACCGGUGCCUCCAAGGGCAUUGGUCGAGCGAUUGCCCUCGCAGUGGCGCAAGCAGGCGCGUCGGGCCUCGUCCUACUCGCCCGCUCGAACCUGGACGUCGUCAAGCAGCAGUGCCUCGCGGCCCAGGGUCCCGGCCGUCCGCUCGAAGUGCUCACCCUCGCCGCGGACAUCACCGACACCGACCAGGUCGCCGCUGCGGCUGCGCACGUGGAAACGACGUUCGGGCGCGUCGACGUCGUCGUCAACAACGCAGGCUACCUCGAACGCUGCGGCCGCAUCGCGGACAGCGACCCCGAGGAGUGGUGGAGCGUCUGGAACACCAACGUCCGCGGGACGUACGGCGUCACGCGCGCCUUCCUCCCGCUCCUCAUCCGGUGCGGCGGCGACAGGACGAUCGUGAACGUCUCCAGCACCGGCGCGCACACCUUCAGCCCGCGGUACUCUGCGUAUUCGACGUCGAAGCUCGCACUGCUGCGCUUCACCGAGUUCGUGAACGUCGAGUACGGCGCUCAGGGCGUGCUCGCGUACUCGGUCCACCCAGGGUCCGUCGAGUCCGACAUGUCCUUGAGUAUGCCGGAAGACAUACUGGCGCAGGGCGUGCUCGUCGACACGCCCGAGCUGGCCGCGCACACGAUCGUGUGGCUCGUCCGGGAGCGCCGCGACUGGCUCGCUGGGCGGUUCGUGGACGCUCGGUGGGACGUGGAGGCGCUGGUUGCAAAGAGGCAGGAGAUCGUUGGCGGGGACAAGCUCAAGGUUCGCAUGGUCGUUUAGC